AACUGUCAAUAGUGUCAAUUGGUGCUUUACAUAAUGCGCGCAUGUUUAGAGUUUAGACGUACGCGGAGUCGCGGAGUUGUUCAGUUUCUCUUUCGCACUUAUGCCUUGUUCUCAUCUUGGACGUUCAAACAAUCUUACCGAUUUUAUUAUUCUUACUGCACGGCGGGUGCCUUUAUCGAAUCUUUCGUUUGUCUCCCCAGUUUUUCUGUCAUGAACAUUCUGUCUAAUAAGCCCGAGAAAGUGCUAUCUUUUUGAAGGUCGUAUUUAAACUAUUAAUUUAUUCUUACAUAUAGAAACUAAUUGAGAACCUCUUAAAUCACACAGUGACAGUAGAUGUGACAGUGCCGGACAUUCGAACACAACACUGAUUAUUUUAACUGUUAAAUAUUUUUUCUUUUUUUGAGUUUAAUAAAAAUAUAAUAGAUGGCAUAAAUGCGACUACGAAUAAUAACAAACUGUUCAUGAAAUUAAGCUAGCUGGCAUGGAUAUAACAGAUGGAAUGGAUAAAUCAUGGGAUCAUCCGUGGACUACAGAAGAAAUGCGAGAAAAAAGAAGGGAAUGGAGUUUAGCAGGUGACGCAGGACUUCUUAAACACCUUCAACAAUUUUCUGAGAAUUUGGUAUCCAGGGCAAAUAAAACUCAAGAAGUUGUAGAUUCAUUAACUACUCAGUUAAAUGAAGCAGCAAUAUUUGUAGAUAAUCUUACCAAUACGUCUUUAGCUUUGGCCAACACUCAAUUUAUUGAGAGUCGUGUGCAAAAAGAUGAUAUAGACAUUGGAAAACGUGAAGAAACAUCAAUUGAGGAAUCGAAGGAUCAAGAUUUGGUAACUGCAGAUUUAAUAGCUAGCGUGAGUGAAAGUGUGAAGCAAGGUCUAAAUAUAAUGUAUGAGAAAUAUGAGGAAAGGGAGUUUGUUGAUAGUGAUAGUGAUGAAGAGGAUAAUAAAGUUGUCCUGAGUGUUGUGUUGGGGCCAAAUAAUCCAUACCAAGAUCGUCCUUUACCUGACGUAAUUGGUUCUGAGAAAUGGAUGAACUCGAGUAAAAUUGGUUUAGAAAGCAGUAGCAGUAGUGAAUCUGAACAAGUAGAUGAAGAAGAGGAAUCAGAAACUGAAGACGAUGGCACAGCACCGUUUAAAGAUUUUAGUAUGAAUGCUGCACAAAAGACAAAUAUUGUUGGAUCGUUACCUUCUUUGAACGAACCAGAUUACACUAAAAGAAAUGAUAUGACAUACAUGGACAGUGAAAAAUUAGAUGCCGUUAGUCAGAACAAUAUAGAUUCUGUUCCUGAAUCAAUUUCACCUAAUGAAAAUGUAGCAAAGAUGCCGUUACCAAACAAUGUACAACCGAAUUUUGCAGAAGAAUUGGCCAAGCGAUUAGGUACAGUACGGCAAAUUCAAAAACCUGUUGUACAUGAUAAGAGUGAGACGUCGAUAAAUCGUUCUAAAGACGAGCUUCUCGCAACAGAAGAAAAUGAAAGUGGCAUAAGUGAAAUAUCCAAAGCCGUAUUUAGCGGAACUAAAGAAUUUUUAAAUAAUCAGCAUACGGAAAAUUCGUGGAAGGAAAAGCCGAUUAAAUCAUAUAAAACUAAUAACAUUAUACCUGCUAGUAUCGAUGUACCACCUCCGAUUAAUACAGUGUCUACGAAACCAAAAUCUGCAAUUGAUGAUCUUUUCGGUGACGCUGAUUCUGAAGAUUCUGAUGAUAUUUUCUCGCCGAAAAAUGUAAUUAAACCGAUUGCAAAAACCAAACAACCCAACAACAAUAAUCCUGUAGCGCAGGCAGGAGAUGUGAAAAAAAAUCAUUUAGAUAUCAUAGCUCCUGGAGCAACUAAUAAUAUGGUCACAAGUACACCAGAAACUAAUACAAAUAAUACUAAUGCAUUUAGCGACGAUGAAGACAGUGAUCUUUUCGGAUCAUCUAAAAAUCAACAAUCAACUAAAAAAAAACCUGUGGGAGGAAUACCAGUACUUCGAAAUAUUUUAACUUCAGACGUUCAAAGUAAAACAACAAAUAGAGUAUCGCUGGCUCAGUCACCUGAAUCUUCUGGUAAUAACAUGCCGGAGAAUGAGAAAAGUAAUGCAAACAAUGUACCAACGCUUGAUCAAUCGCGGUAUAACAUCUUAAACGAUAAUACGCAAGGUUCCAGUAUAAUAUAUCCAGCUGACGUAAAUGAAAGUAGCUACAGCAGCGGAAUAUCAAUCCACCCACCGAGCGUUAACAAUACAGGAGGUUCGAGUAUAAAUGAUUUCCAGCCACAGAUGACGUCAACUCGUCUAAAAUCGGAAGAACUUUAUCGAGAACGUGUCGUCAGUGACAGUCUUUUUGUUGCGCGUACACGUAAUCCAGCGAAUGCGACCUCGAACUCGACGAACGUUCAGUCGCAAAACGAAUCAGUUGAAAAUAUUUCUGUACAAGAUGAUGUAUUCGAAAAUGAAGACUUGUUCGGACCGCCUCCGCUAUCAAAAACUGACUCAAAGUCAGCGAAAUCUAAAGUGUCGUCGCUCUUCGACGAUUCAGAUUCCGGCGACGAAUUAUUCUCCACGACUAGUUCUGGUUCGAGAUCGCAGAAGAGCAGCGAUUUCUUGACUGCCACCGACAAGAUCAAGUCCACAGAAGGAAAAGGACUUUUUGAAGAGGAGAUCGACAUUUUCGAUAAUAAGGACUCACCAGACGUAGAUAUUUUCGGCAUAACGCCGAAGCCUGUAGCUAAGGAGGACACUAAUACUGCUAAUAAGAAACCAUCAGAUAUCCUUGACGACGAUUUGUUCGCAAGUAAUAUUCGAGACACGAUAAUGAAAAGCAGUGACGCGGUGAGAGAACAAAACGUUAUUACGACAAAGAAGAUCAGCUUGUUUGACAAUGACGAUGUCGAAGACGGUGAUUUAUUCGCCACUAAACCUAUUAAAACUAACAAUGACUUCCGUAUUUUCAACGACGAUGAUGAUAACGAUUUGUUUUCUGUAAAGAAACCGAAACCUACCGAUAAAAGGCAGGAGAGCGAUAAACAGUUGUCAAAAAUGUUUGUCGGUGGAACAGACAUUGUGGACCAAAAACUAUCCAUCGAGAAGAAUGAGAACAGUAGCGGCAUUCUUUCGGGAAAUGGAUUAUUCUCAGAAACUAUUGGAUCGCAUGAAUCGAUUUUUGAGGAUGACGAUUAUGAUGAUUUAUUUAGCACUAAAGAUGUAAGCAAAAAACAAAUCAAAACAGAUGAACCAAAAUUGGCAUCGUCGGAGGAUAGGAUAGCAAAAGAAGAUAUUGUUAAGGAUACAAAAUUACAGGAUAAUUCCAAUGUCUUUAUAAAAUCUGAAGAUGCAAGUGCCUCUUCUACUACAUCUGAGAAUAUUAAACAAGUUAACGAUAAAGAUAUAUUUGGAGAUAAUCCCGAGAAACGAAAUGUAGAAAAUUCUGAAUCGGAAAUGAGAAACAAUCCUCCGAAUUCAUUAGAUAUUAAUGUAACAGCUACACAACCGUCGCCCGAAGAGAAUCAGGGAGCGAAACGAUCAGUGUCUGGUAAGAUUAAAAAUUUGAUGGGAAAAAUGGGCGAUCUGAAAAUAAUAUCGCCUAUGGACACACCACCAUUAUGGCGAAGAAGCGAAGAGAAAACAGAUGAGGAAGAUAGUACCGCGGAUAGAGAUAGCGAUGAUGGUGGAUGUAUCAGCACGCAAGGUCAUAGUUCGCCACCGAGUGCAUCUGAAGAUAGCAUUGCUCAAAAGCAAUCGCAAAUAUCGACGAUUUCGGGCGAAAGUAAUGCUGAAAGUGCUAUUAGUUUCGACGAGCCAGCUCAAGUAGAAACGCUGUCUACCGCUUCGAAGACUCGUGUUAGAAUACAAGCAAAACGUCGACCGCAAAGUAGGCAUGCACGGAAGUCUGCCAUCAGACAAAGUGGUAUCGAUUUUGAUGCCGUAGACACUUCCGAGAAUAAUUCACAAGACGAGAGCCAGUUUAAUCAAUCGUCGAGUGCCUACAGCAAAGAGGCCACUGCGGCUGCUAGUAUUAAUGGCGUGCAUACUGCUGCAACCAUCUCCGAUCGCUUAGUUCCAUCAACUACCGACAAUAUUCAUCGAAACAACGACGCGAACAUUUUCCUGGCUGUGGAUGACAGAUCAGAACUUGGGAGCAUAAGUAAAGAGAGUUCAAUGAGCGCCAACAAAAAUACCUUGCUGUCCCCGUCCACGGACGAGGAAGAUUUAUUUGACGUACCUCCAGAUUUACCGGAGGACCCGCAGAAAGAAGAUACGUUAUUCGGAAGGGCACCUAUCCUUUCCCCGGUUGAAAAAGUCAUAUCCGAAAAGCCCCCUGUUGCCUCCGAAACGUUAAAAGACACGCAUAUUAAACCGGGCGUAGUGGACAACGUAGAACAAGAAACAGUAAACACUGCAGAGAAGAUAGAAGAGAGUAGCACAUUGUCUGAAUCAAGAAACUCUUCUGAUGUACAUGAUCCGAUGUUACGUGAAAGUAAUGAAGAACCGAAAUCAGAGAACACCAAUCUGGAGGAUGAAUCUACAGAAAUGAUUGAUCCGUUACGAGAUCAUAGCCACGAUCCCUUAAAGGAUCCCAGUCAGCUAUUUGCUUUUGUUACGAAAACACCGUCUCCGGACAAAGGAAAGAACUUAUUGUUCUCUGAAGAUGAUAGCCUUUUCACUAGUGGUACUAAGAAAUUAGUUGAACAGGCUGCGAAGAAGCCAGCUUUAGACUUGUUUACGGAUGACGCGGAAGGUGAUCUAUUUUCGACGACAUUGGCCGUAAAGAAACCUUUGAAGGAUACUAAGAUUAAUCUGUUCGAUGAAGAAGAUGAAGAUGACAGUUUGUUUGGUCCCGCUUUGAAAAGGUCAGCGCCGAAAAGCGAAUCCGAAAAGAAGUAUGCUGCACAGCAGCCUGUGAAGAAAACAAACUUAUUCGAUGAUGUCGACAACGAUACGAAUAUAUUUUCUGAACAGGCACAGAAGUCCGAUGCUGAAAGCGUUCAAGUACAAUCGAAUAAGAGUGACAUGUUCACAAGUAUCACCGAGCCUGUACGGACUUCUCACAUCACUGAUAUUUUUGCCGAUCAGUCAAGUGGAGACGAUGACAUAUUCGCUAAAAAACCGGCACCGAGAAAAAUCACGGUUACAUCCAAGUCGUUGUUUCCGUCCGAUGAGGACGACGAAGAUGAUCAUAUUUUUGGAAAUAAAUCUACGAACGAGUUACAAAUAAAAUCGUUAGAAGCGCGUAACAGCGCUAUUAAAAAGAUAGUAACAAGAGAUCUAAAAAAGACAGCUAAAAAAAUUGGCCAAGAUCCUUUGAGUCUUCUGUUAGAUGAUUGAACGUUCUUUUUUUCCUCCAAAUUCAAUGUGCUUUGUUUAUUUAAUGUACUGUGUGUCAUAAACCAGAUUGAGAUUCUAACACAUAGAAAUUGAACAUAUGUAAUAUUUUUCAAAUUCUAUAUUGAAUGAAACAGUGAUUCAAAAUGAAGUAUAUGAAUAAAAUCGUUAAUUGUGUAAAUUUAAAUCGUUAUGAAAAAUGCUGCUCGUUAAACGAGUACGGGCACUGUGCAACCAUUAAUGGAGAAAUGAAAGUUCAGUUGUACAUAAGAUGUUUCUUUUUUUAUUCCUCGUGUGAGAAAAAUUUGCCAAAUGCAUAUAUUGAUUUGUAACAUAUACUACCAAAUAUAUUUUACAGUAUUUUUUCACCUUCACUGUUUUAAAUAGAAAUCGUAAAGACGUUAAAACUACAGUAGAAACAUUUUUAUUGAGCACCGAGAACAACGAAUAACAAAAUACAUAUUACAUAAGUAUAAGGUAAUAAUUAAUAAUAUUCGGUUUAUUGUAUUUAUUAUUGUAUAGUCUCUGCAUAAUUAAUUUACAAACAGUGCUUUACACGCGUGCGGCGGACAUUUCCUCUAAUUCUUUAUCUGUUGAUAACACAUGGCAUUCCAGAAUAUAUUGUAUUGUAUUGUAUAUAUGUAUGUUACCCACUCUAAAACAUGUAUUAGGUAUAAAUAAAUUAAUAGAUUAAAUUGUG